UGUCGCUGGCGGAUCUCCUCUCGGCCCUCUCCUACUUCUACGGGGUGCUGCAGGACUUCGACAAGACCUCCUGGGACUGCGUGCUGCAGGGUGCCCUCUCCACCUUCUCCAACACCAGCUCCUUCUUCUGGACCAUGGCCAUUGCCCUUUACCUCUAUAUCACCAUAGUGAGGGGCUCGCCCACAGGCACGGGCUUGCUCUGCGGCUUCCAUGUCGUGAGGGGGGUCCCCUGGGGAGUGCCCCUUGGCAUUACUGUGGCAGCCGUUGCUCUGAAGAAGAUUGGUUAUGAUGCCUCCAAUGUUUCUGUGGGCUGGUGUUGGGUCAACUUGGAUGCAGAGGAUCGGGUCUUGUGGAUGUUGUUAACGGGGAAAGUUUGGGAGAUCCUGGCCUAUGUCACUUUGCCAGUGCUCUACAUCCUCAUCAAGAAGCACAUUAACAGAGCGCAUGCAGCUCUCUCAGAGUAUCGCCCCAUUCUCUCAGGAGCACCUGCCCUUCAGCCCCGGACUUCCAUAGCAGAUAAGAAGCUGAUUCUCAUCCCUGUCAUCUUCAUCCUCCUCCGCAUCUGGAGCACUGUACGAUUCAUUCUGACCCUCUGUAACUCCCCUGCAGUGCAAAAUUCAGUCCUGGUUGUCCUGCAUGGAAUUGGGAACACGUUCCAAGGAGGUGCCAACUGUAUCAUGUUCAUCCUCUGCACACGUGUGGUCCGGACUCGGCUCUUUUCCUCCGUUUGCUGUUGCCACUGUGAUGAGCUGGAUUUGCAGAGAUCAGACAGCUACUGGCAGCACUCAGAACCCCCCAAGGACAAGGAUGUGCCAGGCUCUGAGCAAAUGAAACCCCCACUUGCCAGCACCUGA